AUGUCGACCUCGAUAGCCGACGCGCCGCAGCCAGCGCAAUCCGAGUUCCAACAGCGCCGCGCCGCACUGGUCACCGAGAUCGGCGACUCGUUAGAACAGGUGCUCACGCAGAUAAACGCGCUGAAUCGCGGGCUGGAAGGCAUUAUCGAGAUCGGCAACGAGUUUGCCAGUGUGGAAGCGCUGUGGAGCCAGUUUGAGGGCGUCAUGGGCAAUCAAGGCGGCGGCGGGCAUGAGGCCCAGGGCGAAGGCGAGGGGGUGAAUGGGAAAGACGGUCAAGAAGCCAAGGAGGGGGAAGAAGAGGAGGGCGACACGACCAUGCAGGCGGCGAAUUCAUGA